AUGGCUACGGCCGGCAGUACAUUUUCAUCUUAUGAUCAUACAAUUCCAUCAAUGUCCGAUGAUUCGACAUUAUCAACACAAAAUCGUCGAUCUUCUACUAAUAAUACAAAUCCUUCUCAUCCACGACCUGGUCAACAUUUAGAUGAUGCAGAUUUACUUGCUUGGAAACGACAAUAUGCAAAUAUUGGUUUAAGAGAAAAAAAUACAAUGUCAAAUUCAGCUGAUGAUUUAUCACAACUUAUCGAUCAAAUUCCAUAUCAAUUUGAAGUAUUUGGUCAAGAUUAUAAUGAUAUGGAUGAUGAUGAAAUACAUUUUGAUAAUGGAAAUAAUUAUGAUUAUGAAACUGCUAUUCAAGAAAGACUUAAAAGGGCUAAUGAAGAAUUUGAACAUGAUGCAACUCCAUCAGAAUUAAAACAUCGACAACGUGUUUCAUUUGAUGCUGUUGUCAAAGCAGUUGACAUUACUCAGGAUCCUCAAGAAUAUGAGAAUACAGAUUCUUUAGCUAAACCAUCUGUACCAUCUGUUGCUGAAGAAUCAACAAUUAGUGCAAAUAGUCCACAAAAUGAAAAUAAUCCAGUCGAAUAUACUGUACCACUAAAUGAUACACAACCGAAACAAGGUCCAACAAUAGUACAACAAUUGAGAGCAAUGCAAUUUCAUGGUGUUCCACCAGUUGGUGAACGAUGGUCAUCAUCAAAUCUAAAUAAAACUAAUGAUUCAUCAACACGAGAAGAUUCAUCAUUAUUGAAAUCAAAAUCAAGUAAUAAUACUGAUAUUAAUGAUAUUUCUGACAUGACAACAACAUCAUCAUCUUCAUCUAAAAAAUCGAUGGUUGUUUCUAUUAAUGGUGGAUUUGAAUUACAAAAUGAAGAUGAUUAUACAGCCAAAGAUUCAACAGAACGACGUCGACAUAACUCUGAUGAUGAUGAUGAUGAUGUCGAUGAUAAUGAUAAAAAUAAAAAAACUUCGACAGAAAAUACAAAACUUAAAUUUUUACCAACACCACCAACAGAAGCAAAACAACCACAAGAUCCAUUUAAAUCCCCAACACCUAGUCGUUCUUAUCCAUCAUCGGCUAGACCUAAAUCAUCUGAUAGUGGAAAACGAACUAUUAAUUCAAAUAGUACAAUAUCAAAAUCAGUGUCUGAUAACAAAAAUAAAGCGGCAACGAAUAAUGAACAAAGAGCCAAAAGCGCUGGCGUUUCAAGGUCUUUAGUACCAUUGAAUAAUCCAACACCAGUUGAUCGUAAAUUUGAAGAACGUUGUCAAAAAGCAGCCGAAAAAAAACGAGCCGAAUUACAAGAAGAAAGUCGUAAGAAAAAAGAAGCUGAAGAGAAACGAAAAAUUGAAUUAGCCGAAGCACAAAAAAGAUUUCAAGAAUGGGUACGAGAGAAAGAUGCCGAACGUAAAAGACUCAAUGAAGAAAAACGUAUGGAAAACGAAGAACGAGAGGCUCGUCGAGUAAAAUGUGAAAAAGAAUUAGAAGAAUUACGAGAAAAAAAAUAUAAAGAAUGGAUUCAACGUAAAAAUCGAGAAGUAAUGAUAACAAAUGAAUUUAAAAAAUUACAAACUGAAGAUGAUGAAGCAAUGGCAUCUGGUGGAUCAUCUUCAUCGAUUCAUAAUGCUAAUCGUCGAAGCGAUCACCGAGCAUUUCAACGUUGGCUUCGUCGCAAAUAUGAACAAUCCAAAGAAGAAAAACGACAAUUACGUCUUGAAGCUCGACGUUUACGUCGUCUUCAACGACGUUCAAUAAAACGGUUUCGACUUCAACAAGAUCUUCAAUUGGCUAAAUCAUUCGGAUAUUCAUGA